AUACAGCUGAUUGCAAUUUUCAGGAUCCUUUUCGUUUAUAAUGGAAAUUCAUUCGGUGAACUCCCCGAGCAUGUAAAAGUCCUUAAAUGGGCACCACAAUUUGAUGUAUUGUCGCAUAAUAAAACAAUACUGUUCAUAAGUCAUGGUGGACUGAAAAGCGUCAAAGAAGCGAUCUGCACAUCAACGCCAGUUGUUUAUUUACCGUUGUUUGCUGAGCAAACGCACAACACUGCGAUGGCAAUAAAACUUGGUUUUGCGCGAUCGUUAAAUAAAAUGACAGUUACUGGUGAGAAGAUGCUCUCAGUGGUUCGUGACCUCCUCGAUAAUAACACUCGAUAUCAAAGGGCUGUUCAGCGAGUUCAUGAUCUGUUCCUCGAUCGACCAAUGAACAGCCAUUCGGAAGCGGUUUUCUGGACGAACAGGGCGGUGAAGCUGCACGGUGAGAGGAAUCCAACAUUCAAGAGGCGAGGAAUGUUCUUGUCGCUCAACGCCCACUUCUAUCUGAUUCAUUUGCUAAUGAUUGCAGUAACUAUUUUGAUUGCUUCUAAAUCCUGA